UCUGAUUUCUCAUAACCAAAAUGGCAUAGAAACAUUAAUAUAGCUUCUGAAAUUAAUUAGAUAUUGGAAGAGAUGAAUAGAAAUGUUGCUAUUGAUUAAUGAAACUGAUACCGCGAGUUUAGGUGAACUUGCAGGAAUUUCUACUUCAUCGGUAAGAGAAUGGCUCAAAAUUACAUUGACGACAUGUUAAAUCACCUGAGAAGGAUCGAGAGUGGAGGUGAUUCUAACAACUUCAAGAUUGAUCAAAUUGAGGCUCUUAAAAUGGAGCUAAGAUUUUUGAGAACUUUUAGCAAGUACAAUCAUGUUCUUUUGCCUAAUUCCUUGGUCAUAAUUUCAAAGAAAGGCAAAUCAAUUGUGGAAAUGCUUCACAUAGUUUUCGGUGAAAUUCCAGAUGAAUGUGAAGCUAGCCUUAUUCUGGAAAGGCUAGAAUCACAGUUGCUGGAAUUCACUGAAGGUAGUGCCAGUUUAAGGUACAACUAUGAGUUGAAUGUUUCAUAUCUGUCAGAAUAUAUGGAUUGCCUUGACGAGAAUCUAAAUGAUGUACUAACGUACCUGGAAUGGGGUACUAGGUCUCAGCCUUCUUUGACGAAUGAAGAAAUCCUUCAGACAAAGAGAUUUACCAAGCAACUGAAAAUUGUUCAGAAGAAAAUGAGAUUUUUGAGAUACUUAUAUCUCACAAAGAUAAAUGGUUACGUCGACCAUGACAAGCUGCAAGGUCUGGAGACCCGAAUUCAAUUCAUGGCUGACAAUGUGGGACAAUUAUGUUUUGUUUUCUGGAUUUAUGGGGAUGAAGAUGAAACAGAUUCGGAAGAGGAUGACGAUGAUACAGAUGAGGAUGGCGAUGAUAUAGAGAGUAAGCUUCCUUAUAUACUAUUUCUGGUUGUGAUAGUGAAGCUGGAAAUGCAAAAGAUUUUUCUUAGUGAACUAACGGCUUCAAAGUUUAGUCAAUCAAGAAUUUUCAAGGAUAAGAAAUUAUCAAAAGGAUUUUCAUAUUAUCUCCGUAAAAUGCUACUGUAUCUUAGAAAUGAAAAGCUUAAGAACUUUACUGCUAAUGUCACUGCUCGCAACAUUGAUGUGGCAAUAGAGUUCUUGUUGGUUUUUCUCAGUGAUGUGCCAAAUGAUGUUAUUAAUGGCAAGAGGUUGAAUGAAGUCUUAGCAAAUAUUGGAGGUCUUGUGGGCGACAUACUUUGUGUAAUUCAAAUGCUUCUUGCGGGAUCUAUCAUCAAAGAAGACGCUAGCAAGAUUGAUAUUAGGACGAUACAAAUAUUGGAGAAGAUUGAAGAUCUAAAGUCACAAGUGGAAACGUACUACAAAUCCUUAAAAUUCACUGCAUCUCACGAGUUCCCCACUGUUGGUGGAUUGAGCUUUCUUGAUUCGCUCCUUGGGAAAUUGAAUGAGAUGUUGAAAUCCGAAACAAGUUUAAAUUUAAUGAUGAAGCCCCAUAUUUGUAUUUUAGAGAAAGAGAUCUCAUCUCUAAUAUAUGCUUUUAAGGAUGCUUCCAAGGUGCAACAUGAACGCGAAAUUCUUAAAGAUCUACAGAAGCGUACUAUCAAUUUGGCAUAUGAAGCUGAAGUUGCUAUUGACUUUAUUCUUGUCCGAUAUAAUGUUCUUUGGCAUUCUUUUUGGUCACUUCCUGCAAUCAUAAAAGAGAUUGAUCAUAUUAAUGUGGAGGUGAGAGAGAUGCGGUCAGCGAACCUUUCUUCGAGGCCAUGCUUUACAGUUAAACAUGUGGCAACUCAACAUAGCAAUCUAAUGACUGCUGAGGAGAUAGUGGGUUUUCGGAAUGACACAGAAAAAAUGAUUCAAUAUCUGACCAGAGGUACAAAUGAGCUAGAUGUCGUUCCAAUUGUAGGCAUGGGAGGACAAGGGAAAACGACUAUUGCUAGAAAGGUGUAUAAUCAUGACAUUGUUAUUUCUCAUUUUGAUGUUCGAGCAUGGUGUAUCAUUUCCCAAACAUAUAACCGGAGAGAGCUAUUACAAGAUAUUUUCAAUCAAGUUACUAAUUCCAACGAUAAGGGAGAUAAGGAUGACGUCCUUGCUGAUAUUUUGAAGAAAAAUUUAACCUGGAAGAGAUAUCUCAUCGUCCUGGAUGAUAUGUGGGAUGGUGCGGCAUGGGAUGACUUUUGCCUUUGUUUCCCUGAUGUUGGAAACAGAAGCAGAAUUGUAGUAACAACUCGACUUGAGAAAGUGGGUGAACAUGUCAAGCGCUAUACUGAUCUUUAUUUCCUUCCAUUCCUCACACCAGAUGAGAGUUGUAAAUUGUUGCAGAAAAAGGUGUUUCAAGAGGAAGAUUUCCCUCUUGAACUACAAGAUGUGAGUCUAGCAGUUGCAAAAAGAUGCAGAGGAUUGCCUCUAGUGGUUGUCUUGAUAGCUGGAAUAAUCAAAAAAAGGCCAAUGGAAGAAUCUUGGUGGCAUGAGGUUAAAAAUGCUUUAUUUUCAUAUCUUGGCGAGUCUGAAGAAUAUAGUCUUUCAACUAUGCAGUUAAGUUAUGAUAACUUACCUGAUCAUUUAAGACCGUGCCUUCUUUAUAUAGGAAUGUUUCCAGAGGAUGCAAGAAUUCCAGUGUCUAAAUUGAUAAGUCUAUGGAUCGCGGAAGGGUUCAUGCAGAACGUUGAAUCCGGGAGAUUAAUGGAAGAGGCAGCUGAAGGUUACUUGAUGGAUCUCAUCAGUAGUAACGUAGUAAUGGUUUCAAAGAGAGAAUAUAAUGGUAAGGUCAAAUACUGCCAUGUUCAUGAUGUAGUGCUUCACUUUUGCAUGGAGAGGAGUAGAGAAGAAAAGUUUAUGCUGGCAGUGAAGGGGCAUCGUAGCCAGCUUCAACCUUCUGGAUGCAAAGAAAAUAGAGUGAGAUUCAGUUUCAGUACAGAGCAUUCCAAUUUUACAUCUCAGGGAUCCAAAAUACGAACACCUUCCCACCAACAUGUGAGGUCACUGAUAACGACCAAUCAGUCAUGUGAAAUUUGUUUUGAUCUCUUCGAUCAGAUCAGUGAAUUUCGACUUCUUAAGGUCUUGGAUUUGAGUUCUCAUGGUGACGGUGUUUUGAGGUCAGCUACAUUGAAACCACUAAUUCACCUGAAGUACCUCGCUGUUUCUGUUUAUCAAUUUGUCUUUCACCCAGAAUUACAUUUGUCCCAUCUUGAAACUUUAAUUGUGAAGGGUAUUGAUUGUUCAGUGUUACCUGCGAGUUUCUGGAAAAUGGAAAAAUUAAGGCAUGUUGAGAUUCGUAAAGCUGAAUUUGAUUUGGAGAACAAUUUGCAGCAGAUCUUUGAAGAAUCCUCCAAAUUGGAAAAUUUGAGGAUAUUAAGGCGAGUUGUAAUCAAAAUUGGUGAUGCUGAUAGUGUGGAUAUGUUAUUAUGGAUGUGUCCUAAUCUUCGAGAACUUGACAUCCAUGCUGAUAGUGUGAAAGCUGAUUCUGCAGAGAUAUUUCCCACAUUGGAGCGUCUUACCCAACUUCAAGUACUUCGCCUUUCCAUUGAGUCAUCCAUAGUUGUAUCCAAGUUACACUUGCCUUCAAAUUUACGGAAGUUGGUACUAAGCAGUGAAUCUGUCAUUUCGGAAAGCAUGAUUUCUGUCAUUGCAGGACUACCAAGUCUGGAGUGUCUGAGUCUUAAAUUAGAGGAUUUGGUUUAUGAGUCGGAAGAGUGGUGCCUCAGAGACAUCACAUUCCACAAACUUAAGUUCUUGAAACUGGACGGCUUAAAUAUCUCAAGGUGGGAUGUCUCAGAGGAAUCUUUUCCUAUGCUUGAAACACUUGUUAUAAAAGAUUGUGACGACCUAGAGGAGAUCCCUCUUAGCUUUGCAGAUAUUCAGACACUGAAACAGAUUAAGUUGAUUGAUUGCCAUGAAUCUUUGGAGGCUUCAACUGUGAGAAUUAAGGAAGAAGUCGAAUCCAUUGAAGGAUGUGACCGUAUAAACCUCAUCUUAUUCAAAUUCAAAUUAAAUUUUCGAUAUGGAAAAAGGGAAGAAGCAAGUGAUACUGCGAGCGAAUGA